AUGCGCCCAUCACCACCACCCUCCCAGAAUGUCCAGGAACCUCGUCGCUCCUCCCUCCCUGUAAAUUUGCCACUCUUUUCUCCCUCCAAUUUCUCCAAAAAUGGAACCCCUACAAACUUCCUGCAAAUCGGAGCACCACCACCAAAACCCCAAGCCCCAGAAUCUCCACCAACUUCCAUCACCACCACCGCCACCGCCAUUUCCACCCCAACCUGCUGCAAAUGCGGAGCCCCAACCCCCAUGGCCGCUCCCCCACCCUCCUUCUCCGACAUAUCCCCUCCCCCAAACUACCGCCCAAUCCGAGCUCCCGCCAUCAACCUCCCUCCAAACUCUAACUCCCAACAGGCCAUCAUCCUCACCCCUGUACCCCAACCCCUCUCUGUCCCCCAAAUCUCCCCUCCCUUCCACUUCCAAUCCCCCUCCAAAGGCAUCCAGUCCCCCGACGACCUCCGCCGCUUCCACGAAUCAUUCUCCGGCAAACACUUUGUCGGAUUCGUCGCCGCCCUCUCUGAGUCCAUCCGCGCCAAGAAAAUCUCCGACCCCUGUCACCAAUCCGACACCGUCAACACCAUCAUCUCCAUUCUAGAGACCCUAAUUCAAUGGGUCGACGAAAUCCCACCCACCCAGCAAGCCGCCCGAUACGGCAACGUUUCAUUCCGCUCCUGGCACGAGCGAUUGUUCGAAACCAGCCACUCCCUCAUGCUGCAGUUCCUCCCCGAGCAUCUCCACCCUUCUACCAUCGAGAUCGUUCCGUAUUUCACUGAUAGCUUCGGGAACCCGAGCCGGAUUGAUUACGGUACAGGGCACGAGACCAACUUCGCUGCUUGGCUCUACUGCCUGGCGAGAAUGGGGGUGAUCAAAGAAGAAGAUUAUCCGGCCGUCGUGGCUCGAGUUUUCGUCAAGUACUUGGACUUGAUGAGGAAGCUGCAGUUGGUGUAUUGCCUGGAGCCGGCAGGGUCUCACGGUGUUUGGGGUCUCGAUGACUACCAUUUCCUGCCGUUUAUUUUCGGGGCGUCGCAGUUGAUCGAGCAUAAGUAUAUGAAGCCUAAGUCAGUUCACAAUGAUGAUAUCGUGGAGAAUUUUUCGAAAGAAUAUUUGUAUCUCUCGUGCAUUCAGUUUGUGAAGAAGGUGAAGAAGGGUCCAUUUUCGGAGCACUCGCCAUUGUUGGAUGAUAUCAGUGGAGUGCCUAAUUGGAACAAAGUGAAUAGUGGGUUGCUUAAGAUGUAUAAGGCUGAGGUGUUGGGGAAGGUUCCGAUUAUGCAGCAUUUUCUGUUUGGCUGGCUCAUCAAGUGGAAAAAAAAGAUUUUGAAGGUGAAUUUGUGAGCAAUGUGAAGUUAAGCCUUUGUGGAAUGGGAUGGCUUGCACCAAUGACCUGAUUCGCUAAACAAUCUAAGAUCCACUGCACUUCUCUGUCCUACAUCACAGCCUCUUGGAAAUAGGAGUGUCUGUACCUCUUGCUUCCCCAAUACUGCGUGUUGGCAGGAGCCUUCACUUAGUUGUGAUUAUGAGCAUUCUCAUGUUGGAGUUAAAUAGAUUUAUUUUCAUAAGCCAGUAAUGCUUAAGGGCGGCUCAAAGCUAUACCAGGGAACAUGAUAUGAUCAUUUCACUUUUCGUUAAACAUAGGAUAACCAUCUGAAGUUCUUAUGAAAAAGGGAUAACUGUCAAAACAAUAUAAUACCGUUCACCUGGGUUGAUCUAAAAAUGGUUUGUAUCAGUAGUAUUCAUAAUUUGUUUGCGUUUCCUGUUGUCUUAGACUUUUCAUUGGUUGAUAUCUAAGCAGAGAUGUUAAUUUCUCAUA